GCCCCGGGCCUGACGGGAUUGUGGCGGUCCUCUCCCAACUCGGAAGCUACCCCUGCACCCCGGACGCUCUCAAGAUGGCGACCUCGCUGGGUUCCAACACCUACAACAGGCAGAACUGGGAGGAUGCGGAUUUCCCCAUUCUAUGCCAGACUUGUCUUGGAGAAAACCCAUAUAUCCGAAUGACCAAAGAAAAGUAUGGGAAAGAAUGCAAAAUCUGUGCCAGGCCAUUCACAGUGUUUCGCUGGUGUCCUGGAGUCCGCAUGCGCUUCAAGAAGACUGAAGUGUGCCAAACUUGCAGUAAAUUGAAGAAUGUCUGUCAGACCUGCCUCUUAGACCUAGAGUAUGGCCUGCCCAUCCAGGUUCGUGAUGCAGGAUUGUCUUUUAAAGAUGACAUGCCAAAGUCAGAUGUCAACAAAGAGUACUACACACAAAACAUGGAAAGAGAAAUUUCUAAUUCUGAUGGAACACGGCCAGUUGGCAUGCUUGGGAAAGCCACAUCCACUAGUGACAUGCUGCUCAAAUUGGCCCGGACUACACCCUACUACAAAAGGAAUCGGCCCCACAUUUGCUCCUUCUGGGUAAAAGGAGAGUGUAAAAGAGGAGAAGAGUGUCCAUACAGACAUGAGAAGCCUACAGAUCCAGAUGACCCUCUUGCUGAUCAGAAUAUUAAAGAUCGGUAUUAUGGAAUCAAUGACCCUGUAGCAGAUAAGCUUCUCAAGCGGGCUUCAACAAUGCCUCGUCUGGACCCACCGGAGGAUAAAACUAUCACCACACUAUACGUUGGUGGUCUGGGCGAUACUAUUACUGAGACAGAUCUCAGAAAUCAUUUCUACCAGUUCGGAGAGAUUCGAACAAUCACGGUUGUACAGAGACAGCAGUGUGCUUUCAUCCAGUUUGCCACAAGGCAGGCUGCAGAAGUGGCUGCUGAGAAGUCCUUUAAUAAGUUGAUUGUCAAUGGACGCAGACUCAAUGUGAAAUGGGGAAGAUCCCAGGCAGCCAGAGGAAAAGAAAAAGAGAAGGACGGAACCACAGACUCUGGGAUCAAACUGGAGCCAGUUCCAGGUCUUCCAGGAGCUCUUCCUCCUCCUCCUGCAGCAGAAGAGGAAGCUUCUGCCAACUACUUCAACCUCCCUCCAAGUGGUCCUCCCGCGGUGGUAAACAUUGCCCUGCCACCACCCCCUGGGAUUGCCCCGCCCCCACCCCCAGGUUUUGGGCCACACAUGUUCCACCCAAUGGGACCACCCCCUCCUUUCAUGAGAGCUCCAGGACCAAUCCACUAUCCUUCUCAAGACCCUCAGAGGAUGGGAGCACAUGCUGGAAAACACAGCAGCCCCUAGCACAUUGCCAGCAUUCUGGGGCUCCAUGGAAGAAAGGGCGCUUUAAAAUCCCAGUAAAUGGAUCUUGGAAUAAAUAUAUUUUUCCUUCCUUCGUAGUUUCCAUGGUAGCUGAAUGUGUUCAGAUGUGGGCAGUUGGAGAAGCAUAGCCUUGCUUCCCUACAUAUAUUGAAAGGAUCAGUGGACCUCAAAUAAACUGCCACGAACACAGCUAGUUACCAUGAUUAUAUUACUAAGAAAACCUACUGCUAGUCCCCUUAAACCUGUAUGGGGGCGAGCAGAUGGGUAAAUUGGAAUAGCCAAUGGAGUUACCAUCCCAAUUAUAUGUUCAUUUUGUACCUUUUGGGGUGGGGGCAGCAAAAAUUGACCUGCGGUAAAAAACCUUUUGACCAUUUUUAUGUCUAUUGGGUAUUUUCUUUUUUUAUCAUCUAAAAAAAAAAAAUAGUACUAAUCAUCGUAGUGGCAUAAGUGUGAUUUAACUCUUCUGAAGUCACAUGCUCAGACAAGAAGAAACCAGGACCCAGCACAGCCCAGAAUUUUUCUUUUCUUCAUUUUUAAAAGGAAUGAUAGUUUACUCCUCUGUGUCACCAAAAAGGGGCAAAAGUAAAAGUUACUUUUUAUUCCUAUCAGAACACAAAUUUUAUGGAUCUAUCAUUGAAGAGAUCUGGUGUCUGGAAUGAAAUUAUUUCAAAGAACUUCCCAUAAAAUUCCGUCUGUAACAAACUAAAAGGCAAACUUUGGAGUGUGUUUGAACAGAAGACUCGUGAGCUACCACUGGAACUCUGAUCUUCAGCAUUCACCUUCAUGUGUCUUCAGCGUCCCCUGUGAUCCCCUGCUUCUGGGCAGAGGACUGUUGGUCUUAGAAUGUUUGGAUAUAACUGAAUUGUAGAUGAUAAGGGAAAUUUGAUGUUGUGUUGUAUUGUUUUUAAAUAAUUAAAACGGGUCAAUUUUCCAAAUA